AUGCAGUUACAUUACCUUAAAGUUCAGACGUUUUUCAACAGUGGAGGGCUGCGCAAAUAUUUUGUCGUUAAUGUGGAUGCCAAGAUUGGUCGCGGAAGUGGGCAGCAACAAAGCGUUGAUAAGCAACAACUCAAUAACUACAAACAAGUCCGAAAGCAACUCAAAGACGCAGAACAAGUCGUAGGAGAGACAGCAAAGACUGAUAAGACGCUCUGGUUUAAGCGCACGCAAUGGCCAGAGCAUUUCAAGGACCGCAAUCUAGUGCAUCUAGCACAUCAAGUCCGGCUACCCGAUAAAAACGAACCAAAGCUGCAGCUUGCCGCGAAACUUACAGAGCAGCUUAUCGAAAACUGUGUUAAGAAUCUUGCAACAAUUCCGCGAGAACUACGCCGUUGGCUUCGCAGCGCAAAGCAGCACGAGGUUGACCCGCGACCGUUGGCACGGCUGCAGAACCCGGAGAGUCAGGCGAGGUAUGCAAGCUACAUGGUCAGGUUUGUGUGCUACUAUCUCCGCGUCAUCGAAGACGAAACUCGAGAAGAAGAAGACAGCAGCAGGGCAUUAAGCAGCUGCGAGAGUAACGCUUCUGGGGAUGAGUUGGAGGACGAGGGUGAGAGCGAUGGCAGCGUUGUACCGCAGCGUGAGCCGCGCAGAGUGAAAGCGGCCGAUCUGAUGAAAGACGCCC